AUGGUUAAACAAAUUUGUACUCAUUCAGGUUCUUUCCAUGCUGACGAGUCCUUAGCUGUGUAUAUGCUAAGGUUAUUACCAGAAUACAAAGAUGCAAAGCUUGUUAGAUCCAGAGACCCUAAGGACUGGGAAGAAAGUGAUAUCGUGGUCGAUGUCGGUGCUCAGUAUGAUGGUGUCAAGUAUUUUGACCAUCACCAACGUGAAUUCAUGGAAACUUUCUCGAGUGAUUUCCACACUAAGUUAUCAAGUGCUGGUCUUGUUUACAAGCAUUUCGGUAAGAGAAUCAUCAAAAGUAUUCUAGGCGAUGUUUCCGAAGAAGAUUUGGACGUCCUAUAUUUGAGAGUCUAUAAGCAGUUCGUUGAAGCCUUGGACGCCAACGAUAAUGGUAUCAGUAAGUACGAUAUCAAAGACGACAUGGGGAUCAAGGCAAGAUUCAAUGACAAUGCCAUUAGUAUCCCAGGUAUUAUUUCUGGUAUGAAUCCCUCAUGGAAUGGUGAUAGUUCCGCAGAAAAUUUCGAUAAGUGCUUUUUGAAGGCCAGUGCUUUCAUUGGCAGUGCCUUUGUCACAUUGGUGGAAGGAUAUGGUAACUCUUGGUUACCAGCCAAAUCUCUUGUGAAGGAAGCUGUUCUGAACAGAAAAUCCUGUUACGAAAGUGGUGAAAUUGUCAUUUUAGAACAAUUCUGCCCAUGGAAGGAACAUUUGUAUGAAAUUGAAAAAGAAUUAGGUAUUCAAGGGCAAACAAAGUUCAUUCUAUUCGUGGAUUCCUCUAAUUCUUGGAGAGUCUCCACUGUUCCAGUUUCCUCUGGCUCAUUUGAAUUCAGAAGAGGCUUACCAAAAGCCCUAAGAGGUCUAAGAGACGAGCAACUGAGCGAAGCAAGUGGCGUUCCAGGUUGUGUUUUCAUCCAUGCGGCUGGUUUCAUCGGUGGUGCCAAGACCAAAGAAGCUGUCUUGCAACUAGCUAAGAUGGGUCUUGAACAGCAAUAA